AUUGGACAGCGUGUGUCCGCCAUGAUUCAGGAAGCCUGCCUCAUUGGUCCGCGUAGUCGGGACUCCGGCGGCUUUUCUCUGUAGCUCUCAGGGCGCCGGUCCACUUGUCUUCCUCUAAGUGAGCGCUCCCUUACUUCUGGUGCCUGGAGCUGCUAGCCUAAAGGGAUCCAGACCGAGCUAGGCCGGGCACCAUGACUACCCUGGAUGAUAAGUUGCUGGGGGAGAAACUGCAGUACUACUACAGCAGCAGUGAGGAUGAGGACAGUGACCACGAGGACAAAGACCGAGGCAGGGGUGCUCCAGCCAGCAGUUCCAUGCCUGCAGAGGCUGAACUGGCAGGCGAAGGCAUCUCAGUUAACACAGGUCCAAAAGGUGUGAUCAAUGACUGGCGCCGCUUCAAGCAGUUGGAGACAGAGCAAAGGGAGGAGCAGUGCCGGGAGAUGGAAAGGCUGAUCAAGAAGCUGUCAAUGACCUGCAGGUCCCAUCUGGACGAAGAGGAGGAGCAACAGAAACAGAAGGACCUCCAGGAGAAGAUCAGUGGGAAGAUGACUCUGAAAGAAUUUGCCAUGAUGAAUGAGGACCAAGAUGACGAAGAGUUUCUGCAGCAAUACCGGAAGCAGAGAAUGGAAGAGAUGCGGCAGCAGCUUCACAAGGGUCCCCAAUUCAAGCAGGUUUUUGAGAUCCCCAGUGGAGAAGGGUUUUUAGACAUGAUUGAUAAAGAACAGAAAAGCACCCUCAUUAUGGUCCAUAUUUAUGAGGACGGCAUUCCAGGGACCGAAGCCAUGAAUGGUUGCAUGAUCUGCCUCGCUUCGGAGUACCCGGCUGUCAAAUUCUGCCGGGUGAAGAGCUCAGUUAUUGGGGCCAGCAGUCGGUUCACCAGGAAUGCCCUUCCUGCCCUGCUGAUCUAUAAGGGGGGUGAAUUGAUCGGCAAUUUUGUUCGUGUCACUGAUCAGCUGGGGGAGGAUUUCUUCGCUGUGGACCUUGAAGCUUUUCUCCAGGAAUUUGGAUUACUCCCCGAAAAAGAAGUCUUGGUGCUGACGUCUGUGCGUAACUCUGCCACCUGUCACAGUGAGGAUAGCGAUCUGGAAAUAGAUUGAACUGAUAGUCUAGUUGCAUAGAUUUUUCAGUUUGGUCUGGAAGGCACAUGUCCUUGUUUAUUUUUGUUCCUUUCUUUGUCUUCUGGCUUUUUAGCUGUCCUUUGUAGUCCCUUUUAUUAUGUGUAAAAUCAAGAAAUUCUUAGAUUAAA